AUGGAAGGACAAGAAGAAGAAUCGUCCGCUGAAGAACAAGAAGGAUUGACCACUACUGAAGAACAAGGAGCAGGAUCGCCUACUACUGAAGAACAAGGAGCAGGAUCGUCGACCCAUGAUGAACAAGGAGCAGGAUCGUCCACUAUCGAAGAAAAAGGAGCAGGAUCGUCCACUAUCGUCAGGAUCGUCCACUCAUUUUUUCAGUACUGUACCAUCCUGCUCCUUGUUCUUGAGUGGACGAUCGUGACGAUCCUGCUCCUUUUUCUUCUUGGGUCGACGAUCCUGCUCCUUGUUCUUCAGUAG